GGUCAAGAGAAAAGAAGCAUGGCCGCCUUAUUUAGAGGGUCUCGAAACUUAUUGAAAAGGUGGAACAAGCAUGUCGACUUUGCACUGGUCUCCUCCAGGUCCAUGGCCUCCAAGACACAGGUGGGCUUCGUCGGAUUGGGAAACAUGGGGAACCCCAUGGCCAAGAACCUGCUGAAGCACGGAUACCCCAUCAUUGCCACAGAUGUAUUCCCCGAGUCCUGCAAGGAGCUUCAGGAGUUGGGCGCCCAGAUUCUGGACUCGCCAGCAGAGGUAGCAGACAAAGCUGACCGCAUCAUCACCAUGUUGCCCUCUAGUCCCAAUGUCAUCGAUGUGUACACAGGGCCCAACGGGAUUCUGAAGAAGGUGAAGAAGGGUUCUCUGCUCAUCGACUCCAGCACCAUCGAUCCGUCUGUGUCAAAGGAGAUGGCAGCUGCUGCCGAGAAAAUGGGAGCCGUGUUCAUGGACGCACCUGUGUCAGGGGGUGUGGGAGCGGCAAGCUCAGGGAAGCUCACUUUCAUGGUGGGUGGGGCAGAAGAGGAGUUCACUGCAGCCAAGGAGCUUCUGAGCUGCAUGGGGGCCAAUGUGGUGUACUGCGGUCAGGUCGGCACCGGACAGUCUGCUAAGAUCUGCAACAAUAUGCUGCUGGCAAUCGGAAUGAUCGGGACUGCUGAGACCAUGAACCUCGGCAUCAGGCUAGGACUUGACCCCAAGCUGCUGGCCAAGAUCCUGAAUAUGAGCUCAGGACGCUGCUGGUCCAGUGACACGUACAACCCUGUCCCAGGCGUGAUGGAGGGUGUGCCGUCUGGGAACAACUACCAAGGUGGCUUCGGCACGACGCUAAUGGCCAAGGAUCUGGGACUGGCACAGAACACAGCGACGAACACCAAGACCCCGAUCCCCCUGGGCGCGCUGGCGCAUCAGAUCUACCGCAUGAUGUGCGCGCGUGGAUAUGCCAGCAAGGACUUCUCCUCUGUAUUCCAAUUCUUACGUGAGGAGGAGGGCCAGUAAGGGGGACUCAACACCCUCCUCACCUGACCCUGACUGUGCGCACACACACACACAAACACACGCCCACACACACAUGCAUAUACACACAGGACUGAGUUACGUGCAGUUAGGGUGUGUGUGUGCGCGGGAGGACUCGUCGUACGUGUGAUUGAUGCGAAAUGUAGAAUGAGUAGGUGUUUGACAAGAUUACAUGAGUUCUGUCUUUCCUUUUUUGGAAUCUUCUGUUACCUGUUUGAUCCUGCCUUGAAAAAGCAGCAGUCUGUUUUUUUGCCCUAUAUUCAGUGAAUGUCAGCAAAUCUGAGAGUCAUGAAUUCUGUUGUCGUGUAAUAACGAUUUAAAAAUAAUGAUGAUGAUAGUGAUGAUGUCACAAUUUGAAAUAUAGGAGUGGCAUAUUUUGCAAGUGACUACUCAAUGUGUAGUCGCUUUAACUACACUUACCAGCUCCAUAUGUUUAGAUUAUGCCACACAUCAGUUUAAUGGCUGUAUAUCACUCAAAAAUAUUUGUAUUCACAUUUUUUGUUUGUUGUUUUUUUUUUUGGUUAUGUUUUUUUUUUUGCUUUGGGGUGGUAAUAGUUACGGUGAAAAGUUACAGUGAUAAACUUUGGGACAUCCUUCAUAUGUCGUUUUCAUGUGCUUUUAAGAAGUUCCAAAUUAAACCUGUCUGUUGUGGCCAUCACACAUCGAUGUUCAUUCUCAAUAAUGUGAUACUCAUGAACUCAGAAGCUGUGUGGAGGCUGAGUCUUGCCUUUUGCUUCACUGCCCAGUCACACAGGAUUAGCGUGUGAGAUGUGUCUGGCUGUCCCUUGGUACCUCAAGAAUAGAUAUUGCAUUUGUAGUUGAAGGGGGAUUUUUAAAAUGAUCUACCCUCUUCCUUCCGUUGCUCCCUUCUCUGUCUCCUGUCUUAGUCUGCAUAGUAAAUAUCUCCCUCUCCUUCGGUCUCACUCUACCCCCCUCUUGCUCACCUCCUCAUUUCUCCUGGCCCCUCUCUGUACUUUUGUCAUUCCUUGCGUUAAAGGAUUUAGCCUGACACGUUACCAUGGAACCUGUUACAUGGAUGGGGUUACUGGAGGAGGCUUCAUGUGGGCUGCGGGGGGUACGAGUUUGAGCAAUGCUCACAUCAGGCCCGGAUCACGGCGAACACCACAAGGGAUGGAUCGGCAGUUUCAAGGAAUCCCCAUCCUCCUGAUGACCAGAGACGUGUCACUGCAGUAU